AUGAGCGCUCCGGGGCCAAUCGAGUUUACAAUAUUUGACCUCCCUGCCGACUCGAAGGGUAGUAUUCAGGUCAACCUCAACAUAGCCCUAAUAGUUAUCUCAUCAACUUUACUGUUCACUCGGCUGUAUGUUCGCGGCUUCAUGGUCAAGGUGCUUGGGCUGGAUGACCUACUAGCGGCAAUCGCAUAUGUCAUACUGACAGCGCAAGCCGUACUCGAGAUCCUAGCAGUGGGAGUUGGAUCAGGGACACAUAUGAGCGAAAUACCGCCCCAGAGAAUCCCAACUUUCUUCUCGUAUCUGGUGACACUCCAGCUCCUGUACUACUGGGGCACCGGGAUUGUGCGUCUCUCAAUAGCAGCCUUCUAUCCACGAUUGAGCCACGACAGAACGUUUCUGCGAUGCAUCUAUGCAGUUUCAUUCGUGAUUAUCUCCAUCACUCUUAUCGCGUUCUUUUUCGAACUUGCGGAGUGUAAACAUGUCCCCGAUCUCUGGGAUGUCACUGCCCCGGGUCGAGAAUGUCUAGAUAAAGCCAAGGAGGCACCAAUGAUAUGGGCUCACGGAGCGGUCGGCAUCCUCAUCGACAUCUGCCUCGUCGCACUGCCAAUAUGGGUCAUUUACUCGAAGAUGAAGUUCUCUGCCAAGACGGUCCAGGUGAUACUUGUCUUCUGUGUCGGUAUCUUCGGUGUGAUCACGGGUAUCGUUAGACUCAUCAUCAACAUCAACACUGAUUUCACAACAGACACAACCUACAAAAUGGCCCGCGUGGCGCCAUGGACCGAUAUAGAAGGGCAUAUAGGUCUCUGGACGGCGUGUUUCCCGGCGUUGCAGCCCCUGAUCCGACUCGCAAGCUACAAGCUGGGCUUCCGCUCGACACUCGGCAGCACAAAUAAGAAGUCGCGGACAGGGGGCACGGGCACGGGUGGAAACAAGUGGCCGAGCAGCCAUGGCGCCCGGUCUCAAGGCUACGCCAGCUUCAACGACGACAAGGACGACACUGGUAGCGGGCGGGCUAUCGUCACAGGUGGAAGCCCUGGCAAAAGGAGCCUGGCGGAUCUGGAGAUGCACGACCUCGAGUCCCGGAGGGCCGAGGGUAGCACGGGAACAAGGCUUCCUAGAAAUGCCAUUUACAAGCGCACAGACGUCAAAGUGCAGGUCAUGGAUACGAGAGAUCAGCGCCAGCCAGGUCAUUGGGAUGCCUUAUAA